UUAAAUGGCUGAGAGAAAAUACUUUUAAGCUUAAUGCUGAAAUAGAUAUAUAUGUCUAGUAUGAAAUAGAAACAGAAGCUAAGUUGUUAAACAUGAAGCUGUUUAUCCUGCUAGCUUCUUUGUGCUUGACUUUGCACAUAGUCUCAUCAAGUCUUCAACAGUAUCAAGCAAUAUUCAACUUCGGUGACUCCCUCAGUGACACCGGAAAUUUCCUUCUCUCUGAUCCCCGCGCACCCCCAGACGUCAUUGGUAAGCUACCUUAUGGAGAGACCUUUUUUCACCACGCAACCGGCCGGUUCUCCGAUGGCCGCCUUAUUGUUGACUUCAUCGCUGAGGCAUCUGGAUUGCCGCAUUUACCACCAUAUUUAGCCCUAAAGAAAGGCCAAAACUUUUACCAAGGAGUAAACUUUGCUGUUGCUGGAGCCACUGCACUUGACCCUGAAUUCUUCUACCGAAGGAAAAUGGCAUCGAUUCUGGCCACAAACUACUCCUUGAGCACUCAGCUUGGUUGGUUCAAGGAGCUCAAGCCCUCACUCUGCAACACCAAACAAGAAUGUGAGAACUACUUCAAGAAGGCUCUGUUUCUGGUGGGGGAGAUAGGUGGAAACGAUUACAACUACGCCUUCUUUGUUGGUGGGAGCAUUAAACAGCUCAAAGCCUCGGUGCCUCUUGUUGUGGAUGCAAUUACUAAGGCCACCGGUGCAUUGAUAGAGGAAGGAGCAGUGGAGCUAGUGGUGCCUGGAAAUUUGCCAAUUGGGUGCUCAGCCGUCUACUUGACUCUGUAUGGAGGCCCUAACAAAGCUUAUUAUGAUAAACGAAAUGGGUGUUUGAAGGCGUUCAAUGCUUUUGCCAAGCACCAUAACAAAGAGCUCAAACGUGCCCUAGGGACACUAGAAGAAAAAUACCCUCAUGCAAGGAUCAUAUAUGCUGACUACUAUGGUGCUUCCAUGCCUUUUUAUCAUGCCCCUCAACAUUAUGGGUUCACAAGUGGAAGUCUAGCAGCUUGUUGCGGAGGAGGAGGACCAUACAACUUCAACAAUUCGGCAUGGUGUGGACAUAUUGGUUCAAAGGCUUGCAAAGAUCCAUCGUCAUAUGCAAAUUGGGAUGGACUUCACUUAACAGAAGCAGCUUAUAGCCACAUUGCCAAGGGUUUGAUCCAUGGAAAUUUCACCGCACCCAUCUAGCUAGCUUCUAGUUCUGGUAGUUUGCCAAUUAAUUCCCAGUAAAGAGAAAACAAGUUGAUUGUAUAAAUAAAAAGAGGGUGCAAAUAUUGAGUUCAACUUCAUGGCUUUAGUUCACAAGCCUACUUAUGGAGGU